UAAUAUAUUAUAUACGCGUUCGCCGGCCAAAUAUAGGUGCUGCGUUAAAGGGACUGGACGACGGAGAUCACCAUACGUCAUGCUGCAAGCGCCAAACCGUCUCCUGUAGCGGUAACGACUUACGAAAAUAUGAUAUUGUGCUGCACAAUAUCGUCGCGUAAACAUAUAAACAUUGAACAGGCUAUCGGCGUCAGUCUUAUUUUCAAACCAAACCUAUACAUUAGUCAAAACGUUACACAAAUUUAUUCAACCGCGAAAAACUAAGAUAUAAAGGAAGCACGCCAUGUAUUUUAUCCACGCCAAGACCGAGAUGAUGGAUCGUCAACCGGAAAUCAACACGCAGCGGGACGUGUACCAGGUGGACGCGUUGUCAGCCAACAACAACGCCCCGGCCAUGGCGGAUCGGCGGCCGGCCGCGAAGAAACUGCCCAAGAAAAAACGGAAGUGCAUGGACUACGUGCGGAAGACGAUACCGUCCAUCGACUGGCUGUUCCUCAACUACCGUUGGUCCGAGGACUUCGCGGAAGACACGAUGGCCGGCAUCGCGGUGGCCGUGCUGAACAUCCCGCAGGGUAUGGCCUACUCGAUCCUCGGCAACGUCGAGCCGACCGUCGGUCUCUACAUGGCUGUGUUCCCGGUGCUGGUGUACAGCCUGCUGGGAACGUCCCGUCACAUAUCGCUGGGCGUGCUGUCCGUUCUGUGCCUGAUGACCGGUAAAGUGGUGACCAUGUACGCGACUGACGGGACCGGUUACACGGCCAUCCAGGUGGCCACCGCCGUCACGAUGGUGGCCGGGCUCGUGCAGCUGCUCAUGUACGUGUUCCGACUGGGCCUGCUGUGCACCAUUCUGUCGGAGACGCUGGUCAGCGGCUUCACCGCGUCCGUGGCCGUCAUCGUGCUCACGUCGCAGCUGAAGGAGCUGCUGGGCGUGGACGUGGCCCGGCGGGUGGGCAUGAUGCAGGUGCCGCACACGUUCUACGAUUUCGCCGACCGUUUCCACACGAUCAACUGGAUGACGACGGCCGUGUCCGUCACAACCAUCGCCGUCCUGUUGUUGUACAACAAGUACCUGAAAGAGAGGAUAAACAGCAAGCUGUGCAUGCCGCUGCCGAUCGAACUGAUCGUGACGAUCGUUGCUACCGUGCUUUUCCAAGUAACCACAAUCGCUCAGGACUAUGACAUGGUUCAGAUGGGUGAAAUCAAAUCAGGCCUGCCGGCGUUCGAGGUGCCGCCUGUCAAACUGUUCUCGGCAGUGUUCAUGGACGCAUGCGUGAUCGCACUGGUCGGUUACUCGAUCACUAUGUCGCUAGCGUUGCUCGUGGCGGAAAAACUGAAAUACCCGUUGGACACCAACCAGGAGCUGCUAGCCCAGGGCCUGGGAAACGUCGUCGGGUCGUUCUUCUCGUGCCUGCCCAGUGGCGCGUCGCCUUCGCGCAGUGCCUCCCAACAGACGGUCGGCGGCAAGACCCAGAUGGCCAGCAUCGUGUCCGCGGGCAUCAUAGUGGUCGUGUUGCUCUGGAUAGGCGUCGUCUUCGAACCACUGCCCAGGUGCGUGCUGUCCAGCAUCAUCGUGGUGGCGCUCAAGGGGCUCCUGUUGCAAGUGUUGGACUUCCCGGAGAUAUGGCGCAAGUCCAAGACCGACGGCGCCGUGUGGAUAUUCACGUACUCCACCGUCAUAGUGUUGGACAUCGACACCGGACUGCUGGUCGGCGUGGUCGUGUCGCUGCUGUUCGUGUUCGUUAAGGGGGUGCUGAACGAAGUGCACGUGCUCGGCCGGUUACCGGACACCGACCUGUACGUGAGGCUGGACCUGUACGGCGACGCGGUCGAAGUGCCCGACGUCAAGAUCGUACGGUACGCCGGUAGCCUGAACGUGAUCAACAGGUACAUGUUCAAGAGGAAGCUGAUCGAGGUGACCCGGGCCGGCUACAACGACGCUUCCAUGACCAUGACCGUGACCGUGGUCGACGGCAAGCACGCGACCGGUGGCCGGCGAACCCAGUGCGUUGUCCUGGACAUGGCGGCCCUGCAGUACGCCGACGCGUCCGGCGUGAAAAUGCUGUCCGAGUCGAUCGAAUCGCUCGUGUCCGACGGGUUCGACGUAUAUCUGGCCGCCGUUCCCGACAGCUCGUUGGAGUAUGUCCGUUGUAAUAACGACGUGAAAUCUGUGCGAUUCUUCCCCACCGUGCACGACGCGGUCGUCUUCCGCCAGUGCAGUAGCAAAAAAAUCCAAAACUUGACGUACGACUCACAAUCUACCAAAACACCAAAUGGACUGUAAUAAACGACGCACUUGGCAAAGUGUAGAUAUUUUUUUUUUCCAUUGAAAAAACAUUAAUUAUUAUUUUUUUUGUGAAAAAA